GGAAUUUUACUCCGGAAUUUGAAGAAUUGUUUUCCAAAAUAAUUCUCUGUUUUUGUUUGGUAUAGAAGUAGACCAAAAGAAAACAUGAUUUCAUGAACUUGAAGUCGACUCACAUGUAACAGCUGUUUCAGAACUUUUUGUUUUCCAAAAGCAGACAUGUGAUAACAUGAUUUCACCCAAAAAAAGCUUCCAAAUGUCAUCCUUUUCUGAUUCCGAUUUCCUCCAACUUUUAUCGGGUAUUGAUCUGAUAGCUAGAGGCAAGAGCAAGAAGACCAAGAGAAGAUCUCCAAAGUCAGAUGAUGUCUACCCUAAGCUUAAUGUCAAGCUUUACUGUUUUCUGGUAAGGAGAACUCAAAGCAAGUUCAAUGUUGUGAUAUUGAAGAGGCAUUCUAUGAGAAAAUCAACAAAGCUUCUCUUUAUCUAUAUAGGGUUUUCUCGUCGAGCUCUUCACGAGUUCAUGAGAAAUUGUCUUCCAAUGGAAUUGAAUCUGCGCAAGGGGGACAAGGUUUGGGUCGAAGAUAAGGAUUUGGCUUGGAUUGCUGCUGAUGUGCUCGAUUCUUCUGAUAACAAGCUCCAUGUAGAAACUUCUACUGGGAAGAAGGUUAUUGUUUCCCCGGAAAAGCUAUUUCGGAGGGAUCCCGACGAUGAAGAGCAUAAUGGAGUGGAUGAUAUGACCAAACUGACAUACUUGCACGAAGCUGGUGUGCUUUAUAAUCUACAGAGGAGAUACGCUCUGAAUGAUAUAUAUACAUACACUGGAAGCAUUCUGAUUGCUGUAAAUCCAUUUAAAAAGCUUCCACAUCUCUACAAUGGGCACAUGAUGGAGCAGUACAAGGGAGCACCAUUCGGUGAGCUCAGUCCUCAUGUUUUUGCAGUUUCUGAUGUUGCAUACAGAGCAAUGAUUGACGACAGUCGAAGUCAGUCAAUACUUGUCAGCGGUGAAAGUGGAGCUGGAAAAACUGAGACAACCAAACUAAUCAUGCAGUAUCUUACAUUUGUUGGAGGACGUGCUACUGACGAUGAUAGAAGUGUUGAGCAGCAAGUCCUUGAAUCAAAUCCUCUCUUGGAAGCAUUUGGCAAUGCAAAAACAGUUAGAAAUGAUAACUCCAGCCGUUUUGGAAAGUUUGUCGAAAUCCAGUUUGACACAAAUGGUAGAAUAUCUGGUGCUGCAAUCAGAACCUAUCUUCUGGAGAGAUCACGUGUAGUCCGCAUAACAGACCCCGAGAGGAAUUAUCAUUGUUUUUAUCAAUUGUGCGCUUCGGGGAAUGACGCUGAGAAAUAUAAACUAAGCAACCCUCGUCAAUUUCAUUAUUUAAAUCAAAGCAAGACCUAUGAACUAGAAGGAGUCAGCAGCGCAGAAGAGUAUAAGAAUACAAGGAGGGCAAUGGAUAUUGUGGGCAUAAGUCAUGAUGAGCAGGAAGGGAUAUUCCGCACACUUGCUGCGAUUCUACAUCUUGGAAAUGUUGAGUUUUCCUCAGGGAGAGAGCACGACUCUUCAGUGGUAAAGGAUCUGGAAUCUAGAAAUCAUCUGCAGAUGGCUGCUGAUCUUUUCAAGUGUGAUGCAAAUCUUUUGCUGGCUUCUCUCUGCACACGUUCAAUUCUGACCCGUGAAGGUAUCAUUAUCAAAGCACUCGACCCUAAUGCUGCUGUUGCUAGCCGGGAUACCCUCGCGAAGACCGUUUACGCCCAUCUGUUUGACUGGCUGGUUGAUAAGAUCAAUAAGUCUGUUGGGCAAGAUCCAGAAUCUCGUUUUCAAAUAGGAGUCCUGGACAUUUAUGGCUUUGAAUGUUUUAAGAAUAACAGUUUUGAACAAUUUUGCAUCAACUUUGCAAAUGAAAAGCUGCAGCAACAUUUCAAUGAGCAUGUAUUCAAGAUGGAGCAGGAUGAGUACAGAAAAGAAGAAAUUAAUUGGAGUUAUAUCGAGUUUAUUGACAACCAAGAUGUCUUGGACCUUAUUGAGAAGAAGCCUAUUGGGGUAAUUGCACUCUUGGAUGAAGCUUGCAUGUUUCCUAGAUCAACUCAUGAGUCAUUUUCAAUGAAGCUGUUUCAGAACUUUAAAUUUCAUUCGAGAUUGGAGAAGGAAAAAUUUUCAGAGACGGAUUUUACUCUCUCUCAUUAUGCUGGCAAGGCAAGUCUUGCUCUAGGACAUAGCUUAAUGUUAUUUUGUUUCAUUAAGAUCUCAAUGAGUUUGUGCCACACCAUUUCUGCAGCCCCGGAGGAGUCUACCAGAUCUUCUUACAAAUUUUCUUCUGUGUCUUCCAGAUUUAAGCAACAACUUCAAGCCCUCAUGGAAACUCUCAGCAAAACAGAGCCUCACUAUGUUCGGUGUGUGAAGCCAAACUCACUCAACAGACCUCAAAAAUUUGAGAGUCUUAGUGUUUUACAUCAACUUCGUUGUGGGGGUGUACUGGAAGCUGUUCGGAUUAGUCUAGCAGGGUAUCCCACUCGAAGGAAUUAUUCAGACUUCGUGGAUCGUUUUGGUCUGCUAGCUCCAGAAUUCAUGGAUGAGAGCAAUGAUGAGCAGGCACUGACUGAGAAAAUCUUGAGUAAAUUAGGUCUUCGGAAUUAUCAGCUAGGAAGGACAAAAGUGUUCCUAAGAGCUGGUCAAAUUGGCAUUUUGGACUCUAGGCGGACUGAAGUGCUUGAUGCUUCUGCAAGACUCAUUCAGCGAAGACUGAGAACAUUUGUUACACAACAGAACUUCAUCUCUGCGCGGGCUUCUGCAAUUUCAAUUCAGGCAUACUGUAGAGGAUGCCUGUCUCGAAAUGCUUAUGCCACCAGAAGGAAUGCUGCGGCAGCGGUCUUGGUCCAAAAGCAUGUACGCAGGUGGCUGUCAAGAUGUGCAUUUGUAAAACUUGUAUCAGCUGGCAUUGUAAUACAGUCUUGCAUCCGUGGUGACUCAACUCGCUUAAAGUUUUUACAUCAGAAAGAGCAUCGAGCAGCUUCUCUAAUUCAGGCUCAUUGGAGAAUCCAUAAGUUUCGCUCAGCAUUCAGGCACCGUCAGUCAUCUAUUAUUGCUAUUCAGUGUCGUUGGCGACAGAAGCUUGCGAAUAGAGAGUUCAGAAAACUUAAACAGGCUGCUAAUGAAGCAGGUGCUUUGCGGUUAGCUAAAACGAAACUUGAAAAACGGUUAGAAGAUCUUGAAUGGCGGUUGCAGCUCGAGAAACGAUUGAGAACAAGUGGUGAGGAGGCCAAGUCAAGUGAAAUAUCCAAGCUUCAGAAAACAUUGGAAUCCUUCAGCCUCAAAUUAGACGCAGCUAGGCUGGCUACCAUUAAUGAGUGCAAUAAAAAUGCGGUACUUGAAAAGCAACUAGACAUAUCCAUGAAGGAGAAGUCUGCUGUUGAAAGAGAGCUUAAUGGAAUGGUUGAAGUAAAAAAAGAUAACGCCUUGUUGAAGAAUUCGAUGAACUCCUUGGAAAAGAAGAAUCUGGUUCUGGAGAAGGAGCUUCUCAAUGCUAAAACCGAUUGCAAUAACACACUACAGAAGUUGAAGGAAGCUGAAAUAAGAUGUUCUGAACUCCAGACGAGUGUUCAAUGUCUUGAGGAGAAACUCUCUCAUCUGGAAAACGAGAACCAUGUCUUGAGGCAAAAGACGCUAAUCACAUCCCCAGAGAGAAUAGAACAGGUACUUGGUGAAAAGCACGCUAGUGCUGUUGUACCAGCCCAAAAUGACAGGAGAUCUGUAUUUGAGACACCAACACCUUCAAAGCACAUCAUGCCAUUUUCACAUAGCCUGUCAGAGUCACGUAGAUCAAAAUUCACUGCAGAAAGAAACCGGGAGAACUACGAAUUGCUCUCCAGGUGUAUAAAGGAAAAUUUGGGAUUCAAUGAUGAUAAGCCACUGGCUGCUUGUGUAAUAUACAAAUGUCUUCUGCACUGGCAUGCCUUUGAAUCUGAGAGCACAGCCAUAUUUAACAUCAUUAUUGAGGGAAUCAAUGAAGCCCUGAAGGGUGGAGAUGAAAACGGUGUAUUACCAUAUUGGCUCUCAAACGCUUCAGCACUUCUAUGCCUCUUGCAGAGAAAUCUGCGGUCAAAUAGUUUUCUAAAUGCUAGUGCUCAGCGUUCUGGGAGGGCUGCAUAUGGAGUAAGGUCUCCUUUUAAACUUCAUGUACCUGACGAUGGUGCUUCGCAUAUAGAAGCUAGAUAUCCAGCAUUAUUAUUUAAACAGCAGCUGACAGCAUGUGUGGAGAAGAUUUAUGGUUUAAUUCGUGAUAAUUUGAAAAAGGAAUUAUCACCGCUUCUGGGAUCAUGCAUUCAGGCACCCAAAGCUUCACGAGGGAUUGCUGGAAAAUCUAGAUCACCAGGUGGUGUGCCGCAGCAAUCACCGAGUAGUCAAUGGGAAAGUAUACUCAAAUUCUUGGAUUCUCUUAUGUCCCGCCUACGCGAAAAUCAUGUACCCUCGUUCUUCAUUCGCAAACUUGUGACUCAGGUUUUCUCAUUUAUCAACCUAUCACUUUUCAACAGUCUUCUUCUUCGUCGUGAAUGUUGCACAUUUUCAAAUGGGGAAUAUGUGAAAUCUGGGAUUUCAGAAUUGGAGAAGUGGAUAGCCAAUGCGACGGAGGAGUUUGCAGGAACAUCUUGGCACGAGUUAAAUUACAUUAGACAAGCUGUUGGAUUUUUGGUUAUACACCAGAAAAGAAAGAAAUCAUUGGAUGAAAUUAGGCAGGAUCUAUGCCCGGUAUUGACAAUAAGGCAAAUAUAUAGAAUAAGUACGAUGUACUGGGAUGAUAAAUAUGGAACUCAAAGUGUCUCAAAUGAGGUGGUUUCUCAAAUGAGGGUACUUUUGGACAAGGAUAACCAAAAACUAACAUCAAAUUCGUUCUUGCUGGAUGAUGAUAUGAGCAUUCCUUUCUCCGCAGAAGAUAUAGACAAGGCUAUUCCAGUAUUAGACCCAUCAGAAAUAGAACCACCAAAAUUCGUAUCAGAAUAUACUUGUGCACAGUCCCUUGUGAAGAAACCCUCCACAGCUUCAACCUCAAAGCAGAUCAUUUGAUACAUAUGAGCUUGAUUAUGCAUCAAUUGGAGUUGCCAUUAGACUUGAUAUUGCAAAUUUCUCUUUAAGAGAAUGAACAAUUUGAAGCUUAGACUUGGUAAUUGUAGAAUUAUGCUAUGGCCAAAUGUUUGUAGUCGUGCAACUUUGUCAGUGAUUUUUUUCUUUCUUUUGUUUGGACUGUAUAUGGUAGAACAUCUUUGUAAAUAUUAAGUAAUGAAUUCUCAUAAUUCUU